GAUAAGCGACGUGGAAGAUAAGAUACGCAGGGACGAUGCGGCUCUGUUCGUACUGCCUCAUAGUAUCACGUCUGAACGCACAAGUGUCGACAGAGGGUCGUUAAUAUUUACUGUAUUUUUAACGGCAUCGUCAGGCCACGAGAAGACGAUGUCAAAGCCAAAUGAAUUCGCACAAAAUCCACCACCUGCUGGUCCUCCUCCUCCGUACUCUCCUUACCAACCAGAGUACGGAUUCACAACACCCUCCACCAGCGUUGUCGUGCAGCAGCAGCACCAACAACAGCCACAUGUAGUUACAACACAGCCGGUUAUCUCCACCGCUCCCAUUGUGGUGGUCGCCGGCGCCACCUGCCCGGCAUGUAGGGCGGGCAUCUUGAGGAACGAAUUCACCUGCUGUGGCAUCUUCUUGGCCAUCUGCUUCUUCCCCCUCGGCUUGCUCUGCUGCUUCCUCAUGAUGGAGCGACGAUGCAGCAACUGCGGACUCGCCUUCGGGUAAAGAGGAACGCCCAUGCAUACGCCCACGUCCACGCUACUCUGCACGGGUGCCGCACGCCCAUCCAGAGCCUUUGGUGCGUAAAGAAAUUACGGGCGUGGAAACAUCGCAACGCGUUUUCUCUCUCUCUCUCUCUCUCUCUCUCUCUCUCUCUCUCUCUCUCUCUCUCUCUCUCUCUCUCUCUCUCUCUCUCUCUCUCUCUUUACGUCUUAGUGGAAAGAUUCCAAGUGUUUUUUUUUCUUUAUAUUCAUUUUUAUUUUCAUUUUCAAGAACUAGUCAUUAUUUCAAGAGGCUUUGAGUAGAUUUUAUUUUUGACUGACUUUUAGUUUUAAUCCUCGAUAUUUUCAGCAAUGUAGUUGUAUCGGUAUGAAUACUAUAUUUGAAGGUAAAUAACAGUAGUAAUUUCAUCCUCAUGAAAUUAGGGCUGAUCCUCAACACGUCUGUUAGGCAACACCUUCACUACCCAAGGAUAUUUUGCCACGAAAGACCAACAAAAAAGAGUCAUAUUCCUGUGACUUUCUUUGUAAAAUAUCGAAUUACAUUGAUUUUUUUUUUUCUGAUAUAUAUUUGACUUCAUCUUAUUCACUCUUGAAGUGAUCAUGUAACACUUGUCUGUCUGUUUAUAAUGUAGAUUUAGUAGUGUAACCAUUAUAUUAGUGAUCUAUGAAUAAAUAGCUUAUUCAUUCAA